CUGUACUUCACCCGGCCGGCCGCCUCUCGCUCAGGUAGACGGGACGCGCCGCGGAAAGUCUUCUCUCUGGACCUGCAGACCUGUCCAUCAUGGAGGUGAACGGCACGGCAGACAUUUUGAGCUCUGCCUACCUGGCAGUGGAGUACGUUGAUGGGGUGCUGCCAGAGAACCCCUUCCAGCCCUCCCUGAAACACGCCUGGGGCUACAUGCUGGACAACUACACCAAAUUCCAGAUUGCCACCUGGGGGUCGCUCAUCGUCCAUGAGUUCAUCUACUUCCUGUUCUGCCUGCCUGGUUUUCUCUUCCAGUUCAUGCCCUUCAUGCAGAAAUACAAGAUCCAACAGGACAAGCCAGAGACCUGGGAGAAACAGUGGAGAUGUUUCAAGAUGCUGCUGUUUAACCACUUCUGUAUCCAGCUGCCGUUGAUCUGUGGGACCUACUACUUCACCGAGUUCUUUAACAUCCCCUACGACUGGGACUCCAUGCCACGCUGGCCAUACGUCUUGGCUCAGUGCUUCGGCUGUGCUGUUGUCGAAGACACCUGGCACUACUUCCUCCAUCGCCUGCUGCAUCACCGCAGGAUCUACAAGUACAUCCACAAAGUCCACCAUGAGUUCACCGCUCCGUUCGGCAUGCAGGCCGAAUACGCUCAUCCUGCUGAAACUAUCAUCCUGGGAGCUGGUUUCUUCAUCGGCAUCAUGAUCUUCUGCAACCACGUGUUCUUCCUGUGGGCCUGGGUGUCGUUCCGCCUGCUGGAGACCAUCGAUGUCCACAGUGGUUACGAUAUCCCUCUGAACCCGCUCCACCUGAUCCCGUUCUACGCUGGCACCCGCUUCCACGACUUCCACCACAUGAACUUCGUGGGGAACUACGCCUCCACCUUCACCUGGUGGGACAAGCUGCUGAAGACGGACAACCAGUACAACAAGUACAUGCAGAAACAGGGAGACAAGAAGGAGCAGUAAACCACUCUGUGCCUCUGCUCAUACACUCACCUGGUCUGUCAGGAGGAGAAGGGAGCUCUGCAGACACACGAACUCUUCCUCACACACACACUAAAAGUGUACUUUGAAUGAAUCAGAGCUGCUGUGGGUUUGAUUCUGAACCGGACUGCGUGUUGACUUCAGUCCGACUUCUGUGCCUUUCUGCAAAAGAAGUACUUUUGUCUUCUUCUGUCAACAGCUGCUGGCUGAAUAAAAACCAUCAACAUCCUCAUUUUGAUUUGUUGCUUUGCUUGGUCACUGAAGUUUGUACCAUAUGACUCUCUUGUGAAAUUCUUCUGUAUACCUCUGAAUGUCUGAGCACUUUAGCGCUUCCUCUCGAGUUUAACUGAGUCAGAGUGACAUUGUGUUUUAGCUGCAGUUCAGUGGGGACUGCCUAAACUCGAGUCUGCAUGUUUGAUGCGAAUCAAUGUAAAUUUUUUGAUGAUAAGGGAUCGGCUCAUAGGGCACUUUGAGGUUGUUUAAGCCUAUUUUGUUUAAGACUGUACAAAUAAGUGAAUAAAGGUUUUGGUUUUACAAAAAGAAA